AUGAAGCAGGCGCCGGCACCAGCUUCCACGGCCUCGAUCCCGACGCAAACAGCCACUCCCACCACCACUGCAUCGUCAAGCUUGGGGUGGACUGCUGUCGCCGCUCUGCCAGAAAAGCUGUGGUACAAAGUAGGACCUGCAGGCUUGAGAGACGAACUCAAGCCCUAUGUCGACUCCUGUAUAUCCAAAAAUCCCAGUUUCAAGGUCGAGUUUCUGACGGACGAGUCGGGUAAUGACUUUGUCAAGACACACUUUGCCUCUUUCUCGCCAUCACGAUUCGUUCCAAUCAUCAAAGCCGACCUUCUCCGUUAUCUGAUAUUGUACGAGUUUGGCGGGGUAUGGAACGACCUGGACGUCUCCUGCGAAGCACCGAUCAAGGAAUGGGUCCCGGAGCAGUACAAAGACAAAGCGAACAUAGUUGUUGGCAUGGAGUUCGACAUCGAUAUAUGGAUUCGGCAGUUCGCCAGCUGGACCAUCAUGGCCAAGCAAAAAUCACCGCACAUGCUGGCAGCCGUCGAAGAUUGUCUGGAGGGGCUGGUUGCCAAGGCAAAAGAGCGCAAUGUCGGCGGGAUUCAGGACCUGAAGCUCGACAUGCUUGACGAUAUUGUCGAAGUUUCAGGCCCGAGGAGGUUGACGAGGGGGAUUUUGAAGAGUUUGAGCAACAAGUUGAACGAGACGGUUGGCAACGACGAGAUCGCCAACGUCAAGGAGCCAAGGCUGUUGGGGGACGUGCUGGUGUUGCCAGACUACGCCUUUGCAGAUACGAUGAACCAGCAGCAUGGCGAUAAGAAGCCUGGGCAAAAACUGGUAGCGCACCACUACUCUGGAUCCUGGAAGAAUCUAAAUGGCGGUGAAGAGGCAUAA